AUGGCAGCUACAUACACCACACCCAAGAGGCCUCUCACAUGGCUCAUCACUGGAUCUUCGUCUGGCUUCGGAUUGGCACUGGCCCGUAUCGUCCAGGCAAACGGCCACAAUCUGAUUGCAACAUCACGCAAGCCAUCAGCUACACCUCACCUCGUUGCCGAGGUUGAAGGCAAAGGUGGCCAAUGGAUUCAAUUGGACGUCAAUGACGUUGACUGCGAUAAAGUAAUUGAAGAGCUUGAGAGUCGAGGGCAGGCGGUUGAUGUCCUCGUGAAUAACGCAGGGUAUUGCAUUUACAAUCCUGUAGAAGCCUUCACCGAUGGCGAAAACCGCGCGCUGAUGGAAACGUUAUACUUUGGCCCUAGCCGUCUGAUCAGGGCUGCCGUCAAACACCAACGCAAACGAAGGUUCGGAAUCAUCGUGAACAUGAGCAGCGGUGCUGCGCUGGAGGCUAACCCUACUAUGGGCCCCUAUGGAGCUGGUAAAGCUGCAUUGGAUAGCAUGUCAAAGGCACUAGCAAAGGAGGUUGAGGCCUUUAAUAUCCGAGUAUUGACUGUCCUUCUUGGAACUUUUAAUACAGGCAUGGGCGAUGCGACCAUACUAGGCCAAAACCCGCUCCCUGAAGACUACAAGGGAUCGUUGUCGGAAAAGGUGAUGGACAUGAUGUCUACCGGCAAAUUUGCUCCAAAUGGAGACAAAGACAAGGCUAUGAAAGCUGUCUACGAAGUCGUUGUGGGAGAAGGCGUUGGUAAAAGCCACGAGGAAGAAAGGGCCCUUCCGCUGGGUCGGGAUUUGGCAGGCAGGAUUCAAGUUGUGCAGAACUACUUGUCCCAUGCUAUAGAGGUCUUCGGCGAUGUCUGCAACAACGUGCAUUUGGAAGUCUAA